AUGGAUUUUUAUCCACAAUUUUCUGAUGAGAGGCAAGCUGUAACUAUGUCUGAAUAUAAUCUUAUUGGAAAAGUUCGAUUAGUCGAAAGAAAAGCUUUUGUGUCUCCGAAGGAGAUAAUUUUGUCUUCAUUAAAAUUAGAGUCUCUAAGUCGUGAGUGUGAUAAAUCAGGAGACAUAUAUCCAGAUUUCAAUGAUAUUUAG